UAGCCAGGUCUGAGCAGCGAACGGCUCCGUGACCGAAUGAGGAACAUAGACUCCCUAACUAAUCUCCGUUACUCCCAGCAUCCCUCCUUCAGUGAACUCGUGAUUUUAAUAAUAUCAGCAAAGGCUUAAGUACUACUACACUUAAAAUGUGGACAGAACGCGCCGUGCCAGCAAUGGAUAGUGAGGACGCCCUCUCAUACAGGCUAAAUGCACACACCUGACUCUGCAAACUUAGCCUCUAGCGCUGGUGCGGACUGUGUUGCGCGCACGCGCACACGCGCAUCAAAAACAGUGACUUCUGCCUGGGAGCCUUGUCAGACCGGACGGGACAGUUUUGUGGCCGAUUCCCUGUCUUAUUCUCGCUAAGUGUCUCGAAACGGAUUUUACUCGAAUGGGACAGGUGCGUUUCCUUUGGCAACGGGACAUCUUAAUGCUGAAGUGCACUCUUCUCGGACGUUCCAGAAUUACUGGAGAGCCAAUGUUAGCAGGAAUGUGUUUUAAUAUUUUGCGAAAAGUGAAAAUCGCUUUACAUAAGUGAGGUAGGGACUCUCGUCAGAAAUAUGCCUCUGCUUGUAGCUGCCCCCCUCGGCCCUCCGUGAACACUUCAGCUGUCAAUCAGGAGGGCACGCCCUCUUGGCCCUCCCGCUGCGCUACUGACUCUGCCUCCCGGGCACCCGCCCUCAUGCCGCCAUGCCCAUCAUCAGCAACGCCAAUCACGAUUUCAGCCACCUGUCGCUCAGCGACGACAGCAGCCUCGACCGCAUCUUCACCGAGAUCCCGGAGACCGAGACCAUCAAGGGGGUCUACUACCAGCGUGCCCAGCUGAUUCGCCGGCCGCAGGACCUGCUCUCGGUGGACCACGCGGCGCUGGCGGUCAUCAACGUGGGGGGCAACCGCUACACGUUCCCCUGGACCACGCUGGAGCAGUUCCCCCUGACGCGGCUCGGGCGCCUGCGCCUCUGCAGCAGCUACGAGGAAAUCGUGCAGGUGUGCGACGACUACGACGAGGCCGCCCGCGAGUUCUUCUUCGACCGCAGCCCCUCCGCCUUCCGCGUCAUCCUCAACUUCCUGGCGGCGGGGAAGCUCCGCCUCCUGCGGGAGAUGUGCGCCCUGUCGCUCAGCGACGAGCUGGCGUACUGGGGCGUGGAGAUGGCCUACAUGGAGCGCUGCUGCAAGCGGAAGAUGUACACGCGCAUGGAGGAGGCGGCCGAGCGCGAGCGGCGGGAGGAGGAGAGGAGGCGGUGCAACGCUCAGCCUCGCCCCCCGGUGGAGGAGACGCGCUACCGCAGGAUGAUGGGCUGGCUGAGGGACACGGUGGAGAACCCGCACUCGGGGAUACCGGGCAAGGUGUUCGCCUGCCUCUCCGUCAUCAUGGUGGUCAUCACCGUGGUCAGCCUCUGCAUCAGCACCAUGCCUGACCUCAGGGAGGAGGAGGACAGGGGCGAGUGCUCCCAGAAGUGCUACCACAUGUUCAUCGUGGAGACGGUGUGCGUGGCCUGGUUCUCCCUGGAGUUCCUGCUGCGGUUCCUGCAGGCGCGCAGCAAGCUGGCCUUCGCCCGCGGGCCCCUCAACAUCAUCGACGCCCUGGCCAUCCUGCCCUACUACGUGUCCCUGCUGGUGGAGGACGAGGACGAGGGCUCGGGCCCGCCGCACGAGCGGCCCGGCGGGGGGAAGGGCUACCUGGACAAGCUGGGGCUGGUGCUGCGCAUCAUGCGGGCGCUGCGCAUCCUGUACGUGAUGCGGCUGGCGCGCCACUCGCUGGGCCUGCAGACGCUGGGCCUGACGGUGCGCCGGAGCACGCGGGAGUUCGGCCUGCUCCUGCUCUUCCUCUGCGUGGCCGUCACACUCUUCUCCCCGCUGGUGCACCUGGCGGAGAGCGAGCUGACGCCCGGGGCGCACGACUUCAGCAGCAUCCCCGCCUGCUACUGGUGGGCCAUCAUCUCCAUGACGACAGUGGGCUACGGGGACAUGGUGCCGCGCAGUCUUCCGGGCCAGGUGGUGGCGCUGAGCAGCAUUCUGAGCGGCAUCCUCAUCAUGGCCUUCCCCGCCACCUCGAUCUUCCACAUGUUCUCCCGCUCCUACCAGGAGCUCAAGCAGGAGCACGACAGGGUGUUCAAGGAGGAGGAGAGGGCUGCGGCGGAGGCGGCCGCCAUCGCUGCCGGCGACGACCUACAGGAGGGGGAGGACCGCUUCCCACCCUCCAGCCACUUCUACUUGAACCCAAACCUCACUCAAGAGUCCUUCACUCUGCUGGAGCCCUCCGAGGAGAAUCUGCACACCCUGCCGGCUGGGGCGUUCUGAGCCUCCUGAGCUACCCCUGACAUCUGACCUUUGACAUUUUGGGGACAUUGGUUCUGCCUUGGGCUGGGGGCGGGCUUUUUUCAGUCUGACGGACAAAUCUGUUGUCGACUCAGACUUUGGCCUUCGCUGUCGAUGGAAAAGCUGGAAUUGGUGGGUACCUUCUAUGAAACAUGGGUUCUCUGAGCUCUGAAGAACCACACUUCUGCUUUGCGCCUCUAUCUUGUAUCCUCCUGUGAGGACACAGCAGAACGGUCUCUGCUUCUCCUUGUGCUUUUCCCUUUCUUUCACUGUCUUCCAGAACCAUUUGCCUCUCCGAACACCAAAGGGCACUAGACAAACUAUGGCUAUAGAGCUUCUUUUUUUAUUUUUAAAAAGAGACAAACUUCAUCAGGGACCGAAAUAAAAAACAAAUAAUCCCACUGA